AAAAAAGGGGCCACCUUUUUUAUACUGCGAUUGUAUAGCGGGGCGGCUAUCCCCCAAUCUUCUUCGUCUGGUUCUUGGAUUGAAGAGAUUUUUCUCUUAGCUGCGUAUAAACUCCCGCCUACCUUUCGUCUCUCUUCUCUCUGAAGAUCGUACACCAAAUCACCGAGGUUUUGGAGUCUUCAAUCGAGGGAUACCGUUGCUAAAGUCUGUCAUCUAGGGUUUGUCUUUCUUUUUCGAUUUCUUUCUCAUCUUUAUUGUUUUCCCUAGGAGUUCCUCUUCAUUCUUUUCCAUAUUCGGAAUUGUAUUGUUUCGAAGAGGAGAAUUCCUGGCAUCGAUUGCUUCUUCUAGUUUUCAAUUGUUAGUUUGCUUCCAGAUCUAGGUUUUAUUUUAAGAAUAUUGUUAUUGUUUGUGAGGAUUGUCUUCGUGUCUAGGGUUAGGAUUUCCAUCCGGUAUUUCAAUUUAUACUAGUUAUCAAAAUCAGGGAUCGCUCACAAGAUCUUUGGGUUUUUAUAUACAUUUAUGGCGGCUGGAAGAUAUGGAGCCUAUCGCGAUGAAGAAUUCAAGGACCGUGAAUCUGAAAUUGGGAUUUCUAUGCGGGAUUUUUCUUAUUCAAAAAAUGAUUACGAUAGUAGGCAAGGCGAAUUUAGUAAUGGUCAAGAUACAGGGAGGAGGAUGAAAGAUAGGGUUAAGCAUAGGCAGAAGGAUGUUAAAGAGAGGGAUACAAUAGAUGGUGGGUAUCGCUCCGCUUCAAGCAGAAGCGGAGACUCUGGAAGUAGUAGUGGAGGUGGAGGUGGUGGUGGUGGUGGUUCUAGGAAGAAUAGCCAUUUGGUAAGAGUGGUGGAUAAAGAACCUGGUGAAUUGUCUAGUGAGAGUGGUUCUGACGAGGCUACUGAUUCAGAGUUGCAGGUUAAAGCAAAGGGACGUCCGAAGGGAGAGAAUCGGAGUAAGGCGCCUGCUGAAAACAAGAAAAGGAAGUUUUCACCUAUUGUUUGGGACAGAGAUGAAAAGGAGACAACCAAUCCGUUGAAGAACAAGUCUCCUCUGGCUAUUACUGUCAAUUCUUCUGUGCCGCAGCCUCCUAAAUCUAAUGAACAGUUGUCUGAGCAUAUUCAGGACACAACAGUUGGUAUUUCUCCCAAAAGGGAGACUGAUUCUGAUGAUCUUCCUAACAACCCACCCGUAGAGUUAGAACCGCAUGCCUCUGUUGCUGCAGUGUCUCCAGUUCAGCAGCAGCAGUGGGGUAACUACCAGGAACCAGAACCAUUGGAUGACGAUGAUUAUGUUCCAGCCCGGAAUAUAUUGGCCUCUCGAUGGGCAGGGGAUGCCAAUUCACCUGCUGAUGAAGGUGAAAUUUCAGAAGAGGAAUUGCCAACAAGGGUGAAGAGGUCACUUCCAGAGUCUGUUGCAAUCAAGAGGCACAAGAAAUCAUUGACUCCUGAGUUUGGGGAGUUAAAAGCUGGAUCUGAUAUAGAGAAAACAAAAUCGUCCGGAUCUGAUGAAAAUGGUUACAAUGUCAGAUCUUCUGGAAGAGAUGAUUGCCCUGACACUGACUUUCAUAGAAGUGAUUACAUGGACAUAGAUGAGGGACGCAUGAAAAAUAGAUCUAGUGGUAGCGAGUCGGAUACUGAGUCUGAUGAAAUGGAGGUUUCAAAAUCUACUCCCGAACCUGAUACCCCGCCCCAAAGAAUGGUAAAUAUGCUUCAAGGCUGUAGAAGUGUUGAUGAAUUUGAGAGACUGAAUAAGAUAGAUGAAGGAACUUAUGGAGUAGUUUAUAGAGCUAAAGAUAAGAAAACUGGAGAAAUUGUUGCACUGAAAAAGGUGAAGAUGGAAAAAGAAAGAGAAGGUUUUCCUUUGACUUCUUUGAGGGAAAUAAACAUUCUUCUUUCUUUUCAUCACCCGUCGAUUGUGGAUGUCAAAGAAGUUGUGGUUGGAAGCAGUCUUGAUAGCAUUUUUAUGGUAAUGGAGUACAUGGAACAUGAUCUAAAGGGUUUGAUGGAGACAAUGAAGCAACCGUAUAGCCAAAGUGAAGUUAAGUGUCUGAUGAUCCAGCUGUUAGAAGGCAUUAAAUAUCUUCAUGACAAUUGGGUGCUUCACCGUGAUCUGAAGACAUCCAACCUUCUUUUAAAUAAUCAAGGUGACUUGAAAAUCUGUGACUUUGGGUUAGCUCGGCAAUAUGGAAGCCCAUUGAAGCCAUACACGCAUUUGGUGGUAACCUUGUGGUAUAGGUCACCUGAACUUUUACUUGGAGCAAAACAGUAUUCAACAGCAAUUGACAUGUGGUCAUUAGGUUGCAUUAUGGCUGAACUAUUGUCAAAAGAACCUUUAUUUAAUGGGAGAACUGAGGUUGAUCAACUCGACAAGAUUUUCAGAACUCUUGGCACCCCAAACGAAACAAUCUGGCCCGGGUUCUCCAAGCUUCCUGGCGUCAGGGUGAACUUUGUCAAGCACCAGUAUAAUCUAUUACGCAAGAAAUUUCCAGCCACGUCUUUCACUGGAUCACCAGUUCUCUCCGAUGCUGGUUUCGAUUUACUGAAUAAACUUCUAACUUAUGACCCUGAGAAGAGGAUUACAGCUGAAGCUGCUCUCAACCACGAGUGGUUCCGUGAAGUUCCCCUGCCAAAGUCUAAAGAAUUUAUGCCUACAUUUCCUGCACAACAUGCACAAGACAGGCGUUUGCGGAGGAUAAUGAAGAGUCCAGAUCCUUUGGAAGAGCAGCGGCGCAAGGAGUUGCAACAAGCAGAUCUAGGGACGGGUGGUCUGUUUGGCUGAGAAAGCAACUUAAGGCUUGUUCUCCAUGUUCUGGUGUACUGCUUUAUUAACUUGAUCUUUUGGUGUUAGAGGUGAUAGCUGUUCAUUGAAAGGAGGAAGAUGCAAUUGUUUGUCAAGUCACACAUGUUAUUUUGCAGCUGACUACUUUGAUGAUCUUGGUGAAGAGAAAUAUUUUUGCCUCUACAUGUCAAGCCCGCCUUUCAAUUAAUAUAGAAAUCCAUCUGACUUUUCUUGUUCUGCAAGGUGUGACAUUUGCUUUCUUACUAUGAAGCAACUUGCAUAUGUAACAUAUUUCCUAUGGCACUGUAACAUUUUGCUUUGGUUAAAUAUUCAGAAUUUGAUUUCAAUUACCAUAUCAAUAUGGAGUUAAUGAAGGAUAGCUUUUAUA